UUGAUUUCCAGAUGUGAAAUUCGCAGUUGCAUUUUGCUUUUAGCAAGCAUUUUGCGAGUAUUUUCAAUUAAAAAAUUUUCAACAAUCCACGAAAAUUGCGAUUGUAGUCCGUAGUCCCAAAGCGGCCCUCUAAUUAUGUGAUUUUUACGUUAAAAUUUGUGUUUUUGAGAAUGCUAUGCUAAUUGUUUUUUAUCGAUGAGCUCACGGAUGUAAAUUUAUAUCUUAAUUUCUAAUUCAGAUUGUUUUAAGCAUCUGCAAAUCUUCGGGAAAAAACCAGCAUUAAUCACCGGAAUUUAUGUGAUUUAAUAUAUCGAAUAGUAAUUUUACCGAAUAUUACUAAAUCAAAAAUUCGCCGGAUUAAUCAUUAGCGGCCUUGAUCAACCAGGAUGCAAAGCAGCCUCAUUAAACACCUUUUGGGGACUGUUUCUCAACCGAACUUUUAUUUAACAGUAGCGAUUCAUUUAUAACAAACUUGUGAUGAUUUUGCAAGGGUAAUUGACAACGAACUUUAAACCACAUCAGGGUUACUUACCAGCUACGAGGUAAAUUCUCUUUAACCUUCGGGUAACGAGCUUAACUGGAAGCCAUGGCUUUAUUAUAGGUUUUACCGCAUGCCAAUCUAUUGUUAAAAAUAAUUUUAUGUUAGCAUUAGCAUGUGGCAUUUGACCAAAAAUAGGUUGAUAAUUUUCGCGAAGAUGCGUAUCAUUGUCAUUUGGUCAAUAGAAGAAUUUCACCAGUUAAGGUGAGCUGAUUUGAACGAUGCGAUUAUUGAGAUUGAAAACUGCUUUUUACAGAGUGAACGACUAUAUGUGUGAUUCAAAAAUACGUAAAGUUUAGCUCUUUUGGGCCCCUUGAGUUGAAAGAGUCAACUGUUUACAUGUGUGUUUUUUCAGCUCAAUGCAAAGCUCUCGACCUAAGGAGCUUCUCAAUAUGAAUAUAUGAAAAGUUCCUGUGUCUUAAAAACCCGAACUUUAUCUCUCAACUACUUUGUUUGUAGGUGUAAGUUUCAAUCAGAAUCAGAAGACUUGUUUUCAAUCAAAAUCAUCAUUUUUUCGCAGUCAAGUUUUCUAAUAAUUCUACGCUUUGAUCACUUGGUAAAUUGAAGAAUUCAUUCUUCGACUUGAUUUAUAUCAGUGACUCAUAUUGGAGCAUCUUCAACGGGCAGACGUUUAUAUAGUGGGGAGAGAAGAUGCGGCUUCCAAGAUAUAAAUAGUCAACGAUUAUGAAAUAGCGAAUAAUUUUCAUAUUUCUACACUUAAUGAAAUUAGCGACCCGUUAAACUGCCAUUAUUGAUUUCGGUUCGGUGUGAGUAAAUUGUGCGUUCUACUCGAGAAAAUCACCUCCUAAACAUGAGGACAUAUUUUCUACUGGUAACAUUGGUGUGUUGCCUGCAAAGGUCAACAGCUGGAGAGGUGAGACUGUUGGAUCUUGAGCCGAGCGACGCUCAGAAUCUGAUCGAACAGCAGGAUCAGACUUUGAAGUAUGCGCCUAAGGUCGAGUCGAAUGUACCGGCAGUACGAUUUCUAGGCCAAGAGCCUCACAAUGUGCUGGAAGACAUUUAUUUGGCCAAGCAAUAUCAUGGGCAAGACGGCUUAGGCGGGUACCUUUAUGGCUACCAGGUUCCAGACAUUGCAAAGAACGAGCAGAAGAAACCCAGCGGGGACUUGAAAGGUGCUUACAACUAUGUGAAUGGCGCAGGCCAGGAAAUCAGAGUGCAAUAUUGGGAUAACGGAAACGGUUUUCAUCAAACUGACAACAUUCCCGAAAUCCUGCCGCAGCAAAUCGAAGAUUUGCCGGAGGUUAAGGCCGCUAAGGACGCCUUCUUCAAGAGGUGGCAGGAGGAGGCUGAGCGCAAUACUCACCCAGUUCAAAGUCCCUACAACAGCGAAGGGCAGUACGCCAGCGGGCCUCUUUCUGCCAAAGGCCAGCAGCAAAGAGCGCAGUUCUUUGCCCAACAGCCCCAAUAUCAACCUCAACAGAACAUUUUCGCUAAAGCCGCAGGUCCAGCGCAAAAAGUUGCAGGUUCUCAGCCAAUCAGCUACUAUCCGCAACAGCCCCAAUACCAAGCCGCUGCCAGUCAGCAGCAGCAGGUCGUUAGACCGCAAGGCUUAUAUGAAGCGGCUGCAGCACCUCAACCUGUUGCCCAACCUCAACAUCAAUACUUAGCAGCUGCUUCUUCCGGGCAAAAUGCCUAUGCAAGACAACCGGCACCUCAAGCCGCCGAACAAGACAACGAAGGUGCUUACGUUCCUGGUGAUGAAGGCAAAUACACUCCGCAAGAAGGUGAAGAAUCGACCGGCCCCCCAAAAGGCUUCUUCUAUGCUUUUGACUAUCCUGUGGGAAUAAUCACUCAGGAUCAGGGCCGAGCGCUGCCAGCUGAGAAGAGUGGCAAUUUUAAUAGCGUCUACGAGCAAAACAAGCUUUGCAAGCAAGGUUUGAACGGCAGCUGCAACAAGGAGGCGCCAGAGGAUCCACCAACAGUCAAUAUUUGGUGACUGGGCAGUAAUGCGUCAUAGCGUAUUUAUUAAGAUUUUUUUCAGUUUUUCUGUUUGGGUCGUUUGCAGUCUUGCAACUGGUUCAAACCGGAACAAUUACGGAGUUGUACAGCAAAAAAACUAAUUUAACUAAA